AUGAAUUGAUAACACAUUCCCCGUUUGAUUGAAUUACUGAAUCGGUCUUAUUUUCUUAAAAGCUGAAAACGGAAAUCGUAUACUGUGUGCCGUGCGCUAUUCAGACGCUGAUCAGUUAAAGCGACGUGUGCAGGUCGGAGCCGUAGAAAUUUCGAGAGGUUCAUCCCACUCGAGGACGUUCCAGUUCACUCUCUCUGUUCGAGCACACCAUCUGUUCUGUUUGGACCUGCGCAUCUUCUGGAGAAUUUUAAAACCCACCAGAACCCUGCCAUAAUCGAUACAACACCUGCGCAAGUCAUCGGCAAUCGUUCACUGCGGCUCUUGGACGAUCAGCGUUGUGUUUAUGUCUUUGUUUUGCGAAAACGAGCUGUUGCGCAGCCGUUGGAACCUGUGUGGUGGAAAUCUAGCCUUCAAGCGAGGAGCUUGCGGCCACAGCGGCAAAGCGUUUUUCAUGUCAGAGACCGAGCACGCUUGCAGUCGUUUAUGUCAUCCCCUCUUUUCCAGACAGAAGAUCCCGAAAAAUCCCCAACCAAGAUCCUUUUAUCUUACUGAUAGUUCUAACAACCAGCCAAAAUGUCUGUCAACGUCAACCGCAGCGUGUCAGACCAGUUCUAUCGCUACAAGAUGCCCCGUCUGAUUGCCAAGGUUGAAGGCAAGGGGAAUGGAAUCAAGACGGUCAUUGUCAACAUGGUUGAUGUUGCCAAGGCACUAAACAGGCCUCCGACAUACCCGACCAAGUUUUUUGGUUGUGAACUCGGUGCUCAGACCCAGUUUGAUACCAAAAACGACCGCUACAUCGUCAACGGCUCCCACGAGGCGAACAAGUUGCAAGACAUGCUUGAUGGGUUCAUCAGAAAAUUUGUGCUGUGUACCGAGUGCGACAACCCUGAAACUGAUCUGAAUGUCAAUCCCAAGAAACAAACCAUUGGCACUGCUUGUAAAGCUUGUGGGUAUCGCGGCAUGCUUGACACAAGACACAAACUCUGCACGUUCAUCCUUAAAAACCCACCAGAGAACGCUGACUGUGGAUCAGCAACUGCUAAAAAGGAGAAGGAGAAGAAGAAUCGCAAGAAGGACAAGGAGAACGGUUCUGGCAGUGGAGAUUCUGGCAAUCAAGAAAACUUCGACGCUCCUAAAGCUGUGGUGGGUUCUCGCAAUUGCAUUUUUGUCGCACAAAAUACAACAUGGUCUAGUCUCAGGUUUAAGUGUUUGUGUGACAGAGUAGUAGUAUUGAUGGACUGGAACUAUUCCGCUUGUCAGGAUGGUGAGGAUGAUGAUGAUGAAGACUGGGCAGAGGAGACAACGGAGGAGGCACAAAGGAGGCGUAUGGAGGAGAUCAGUGACCAUGCAAAGAACCUGACACUCAGUGAAGACUUGGAGAAGCCCCUGGAGGAGAGAGUCAACCUGUUCUAUAACUUUGUGAAACAAAGGAAGGACAGUGGAACCAUCGACGCUGCCGACAAGGACAUCUUAGCCGAGGCAGAGCGCUUGGAUGUGAAGGCCAUGGGGCCUCUUAUCCUCAGUGAGCUGCUCUUCGAUGAAAACAUUCGCGAUCAGAUCAAGAAGUACAAGCGGCACUUCCUGCGAUUCUGCCACAACAACAAGAAAGCCCAGAAGUAUCUGAUGGGAGGAUUCGAAUGUGUUGUGAAGCUGCACCAGGUCCAGCUGCUUUCUCGUGUUCCCAUCAUCCUCAAAGAUCUUUAUGACGCAGAUUUGCUGGAGGAGGAUGUCAUCUUCGCCUGGGCAGAGAAGGUUUCUAAGAAGUAUGUCUCAAAGGAACUUGCCAAAGAGAUCCACGCCAAGGCGGCUCCUUUCGUCAAAUGGCUCAAGGAAGCUGAGGAGGAGAGUGAGGGCAGUGAGGAAGAGGAGGAGGAAGAUGAAAACGUUGAGGUGGUGUACUCCUCAUCUGCGCGCGAACUGGAGACUGUGAAACCGGAGAAGCCCGAAAAAGAAGAGGAUGACAUUGAUAUUGACGCCAUCUAAACGAUGUGAAAACAAGAUGAUGCUUUCUUGUGUUUUGGCUUUGAAUCACAAUGUUAUGACCUAAGUGGCUGGCCUUUCCCUCCCGACUACCUGUCCCCCCUCCCCUUCACCUGAACCCACACCCUCUGCUUGGUGGCAUGAUUUAACGUAGCGCUUUACUUGCUGCACAUUAACAGUGUCUUUGAGAUAUAUCAGUUAAUGAAGAUGAAGUUGCUUUGGGGGUUUUAAUUGUGGGUGCAUAUGGGAUCAGUUGACUGCACUUUUUGAUCCCUGUAUUUUUCCAGUCAAUAAAGAAUGAAUGUUUUGCUAUCCACAAAAUGUCUCUUUAAUU